AUGGUACCAGAUUCACCUGGCGGCACUGUCGCUACUGCUGCUGCUGCUGCUGCUGCUGCUGCUGCUGCUGCUGCUGCUGCUGCUGCUGCUGCUGCUGCUGCUGCUGCUGUGCGUGCGCUCACCUGUCCCCCUCUUCCCCUCACCUGUCCCCCUCCUCCCCCUCACCUGUCCCCCCCACCCACCUGUCCCCCUCACCUGUCCUCCCCCUCACCCGUCCCCCCCACCUGUCCCCCUCACCCGUCCCCCUCACCUGUCCCCCUCACCCGUCCCCCUCACCCGUCCCCCUCACCCGUCCCCCUCACCCACGGUGCUGCUGCUGUAGUUGGCGAUGCGGUCUUUGAGGCGCCUCACUCAGAGAGGUUGCCUCCCCUCAUACCAUCAUGUGUCAUGCUGUACCAAGUCCGGCAUGUUCAGUCAGAGGUUGCUGCUGCUGUAGUUGGCAAUGCGGUUUUUGAGGCGCCUCAGAGGUUGCUGCUGCUGCUGCUGCUGCUGUGCUCUCACCACACCACCAACCAACCAACUCCCCCUCACCUGUCAUGCUCCUGCCCUCACCUGUCCCCAUCCUCCCCCUCACCUGUCCCCAUCCUGCAACCUCCUCCCUCACCUGUCCCCAUCCUGCAACCUCCUCCCUCACCUGUCCCCAUCCUGCAACACCAUGAUGACGGUGUUGCUGCUGUAGUUGGCAAUGCGAUCGGCCCACUGCGUGUAGGCCAGCAGAGACACGUUCGCACUUUCCCCAUCAACGCCCUCUCCCCCUCAACGCCCUCUCCCCCUCAACGCCCUCUCCCCCUCAACGCCCUCUCCCCCUCAACGCCCUUUCCCCCUCACCGCCCUCUCCCCCUCACCGCCCUCUCCCCCUCACCGCCCUCUCCCCCUCACCGCCCUCUCCCCCUCUCCCCCUCAGCGAACUUUCCCCCUUGGGUGCGCGCACAGGGCGCAGCUACUGGCGCAUGCGCGCAACCCACAGGGGAGGGGAAUACUCAGGGCGCAGCUACAGGCGCAUGCGCGCGCCCCGCAGGGGAAUGCAGGAGUCAAGCACUGAGGAAAAGGGCCAUGCGCGCGGGGAUUGCGCGGAGGGGGUAUGCGCGCAGGGCUCGUGGGGACGGGGGAAGCGCGCAGGGCUUGUGGGGAUGGGGGAAGCGGGCAGGGGUCGUGAGGAGGGGGAAAUGGCGCAGGGGUCGUGGGAGGGGGGAAUGGCGCAGAGGUCGUGAGAAUGAGGAAAUCGCGGAGGUCCUGCGGGGAAGGGGGAUUCGGGGCGGGCUCGCGGGAAUGGGCGAAGGACAACGGUGCGUUGGGGGAAAGGGCAAGAGGGUGGAGAUGCCGGGCUAUUUGAAGGCAUGGCCGGGGGGAGUCAAUCUGGUGGCAUGCCUGCGAGAGAUGCUGCUGGGGGAGCCCUGCUACCGCCCUCUCUCCCCUGCUGCCCCUUCCCUCCCUCCUGCUGCUGCUGCAGCGCCAAGCACAGCUGCUCCCGCCUCUACCACUCCUGCUGCGGCUGCUGCUGCUCCAACAACUGUUGUUUCUCCAAACACUGCUGCCUCGUCUACCCACCCACCUGUGCACACUCUUGCUACCAUGCCAAUCUGUGAUGCCUCGUCCACCCAUGUCACCCCAACUACUAGUGCUGCGGUAGGCCCUGCAGGUGCAGGUGCACCCGUUGCAGAUGCAGAGGCCUGUGGUUCCGGUGUUUGCAGGGAGAGUGGGUGCGAUGCUGCGGGGUGUGGGAGGGUGGAGGGUGGCGGUGUGAAGCUGAGGAGCUGCGGUGGGUGUGGCAAGGUGGCGUAUUGCAGCAGAGAGGGGAAGAUGGGAGGAGGGAUGGUGGCAGGAGCAGCAGCAGCGAUGGUGGCAGCAACAAUGGUGAGUGGUAAGGGGAGUGGUAAGGUGAGUGGUAAGGCGAGUGGUAAGGCGAGUUGUAAGGCGAGUGGUAAGGCGAGUGGUAAGGCGAGUGGUAAGGCGAGUGGUAAGGCGAGUGGUAAGGCGAGUGGUAAGGCGAGUGGUAAGGCGAGUGGUAAGGCGAGUGGUAAGGCGAGUGGUAAGGUGAGUGGCAAUGUGAGUGGCAAGGCAAAUGGCAAGCCUCAUCUCAACCAGUUUUUCCCCUCCUCACAAACUCACCCUUGA